UAAUAACAUUCAUCCAUUCAUUUCUUCAGCAGACAUGAGUAAGGCAGUCACUCUGAACUGUGGAGGUCACAUACCUCUCGUUGGACUCGGCUGUUGGGAGUCCCCCCCAGAGCAGGUGACGCAGGCGGUGGAGGCGGCGCUGGACGCCGGCUACCGCCACAUCGACAUCGCCUACAACUACCUCAACGGGGAGGCCGUCGGCGCCGGCAUCCGAAACUGGCUCGAGAAGACAGGCAGGGGCGAGAUCUUCGUGACCAAGCUGCCCAUGAUCGGCAUGUACGAAGGAGGCGUGGAGAAGUUCCUGAAGAAGUCCCUGGAGAAGUUGCAGCUGGGCUACGUGGACCUCUACCUCGUCCAUCUCCCCAUCGGCAUGAAAGGUAAGGAUGAUGACGACAUCUUCCCAAUGGUCGAUGGGCAGCUCAGCGUGGACUUUGGUACCGACCUCAUCGCUGUGUGGAGGGAAAUGGAGAAGAUGAAGAUGCUGGGCCUGACAAGAUCCAUCGGCGUCUCCAACUUCUCCAUCAAGCAGCUCAGGAAAAUCUGCGCCGUUGCUAAGAUUCCUCCGUCCGUGCAGCAGGUUGAGUUGCACGCUCACUUUCAGCAGCACGACAUGCAGGAGUUCUGCAAGAGCCGCAACAUCGCCAUCACCGCCUACGCCCCCCUGGGCUCCCCCGGCCGGAAGCAGAUGACUCGGCUGAGGUUCAGCCACGCGGUGCCGGAGGUGCUGGAGGACCCCGUGGUGCGGCUGGUGGCGGAGAGGCAGGGCGUGACGGCGGCGCAGGUCCUCCUCCGCUUCCUGGUCCAGCAGGGCCUCAUCGCCAUCCCCAAGUCCGUCACGCCCUCGCGCAUCGCCGCCAACAACGACGUCUGGAACUUCGCCCUGACGGACACCGAGAUGGCCGCCCUCAGGAGCCUCGACAAAGGGCCCUCCGGUCGCUCCUUCUUGUUUGGGAUGAAAGACCACCCCGAAUGCCCUGCUUAGCAACCUGCAGAGAAGGGGUUUUGCUUGGACUGCUAGGCAUGGAUGUUGCAUUAUGGAUGAUCAAAAAGCCAUCAUCUUAAACUAUAAAGCAAAAUGUAA